CCCAAGUCUUUCAUAGCAUCCAUCGACUUGGUCCACAGCAGGAGAGAUCGGCUGCCCCCUUUCCUUGUGACCUCAGCAGGCAUGGUUUUCACAUCUUGAACUUCUACUUAAAUAAUUUGGACAUUUGAGGACUCGCACCUUAGUAGCAAAGACGUACGAGUUGUGAGUCGGGAAUAUCUGACAGGCUCGAAGAGAGCUAUUCGCCAGCAAACAUGACUAUUGGAGCUGUUUUUGGUCUCCUAAUCUUAGCGAAUAUCCUAUCUCCCUCAUUUGCUGGAAGCGCAGUAGUGGACCUCACAGAUGAGGACUUUGACGCGAAAACUUCAACUGGAGUAUGGAUGAUUAAGGUGUACGCUCCUUGGUGCCCGGAGUGUCGCAAACUGGAGCCUCUAUGGCAGGCGUUUGCUGAGGAGGCAGAGGCGGACGGUCUGAGCGUGGGCAAGGUGAAUGGCGACAGUGAACGAGCACUGCUGGCUCGCUUCCGAGUCAACACCGUCCCCAGGUUCUACUUGUUGCGGGAGGGCCGCACGUACGAGUACAUGGGGCCCAGAAACAUCAUGGCGUUCCGGUCAUUCGCGACCUCCGGCUACCGAACAGCCAAGCCACUGCCCUUCCACCGGGCGCCCAACAGCGCCCUCGGCCGCGUUAUUGGCCGCUUCUACAGCUUGCCCCGGUUGGGAAUGCGGGUGUACCGGUUGCUCCGAGACCAACACGGGCUGUCUGACACGGCCAUUGUGUUGGGCUUCCUGGCCAUCCCCGUCGUGGUGGGGGGGUUGCUCAUCUGCGCGCUGGACGCCAUGUACUUGCGGAGGGCCAAGGACGAGUUCGGGCCAGAGCACGAGCACCAAGAGUAG